GACAUCGUUCGGGGCCAGCUCUUCUUCCCGCCCCGGGUGUCUCAAGAGUGCCAGCACCUCAUCAGGUGGUGUUUAUCUAUGGACCCUGCAGACAGGCCAUGCCUGGAAGACGUCCUAGAACAUUCUUGGCUGCAGAAGCCCCACCUGGCCCAGGAGACAGCAGAGAUCCAUCCCUCUGCACAGUAGGAUCCAGGAGCCCAGCAAGUACCAGCUGCUCGCGUCUUCGUGGCGCUCAGAGAAAUCUCCAGAGCGUUUCCCUGCGGCUGCGGCACGGAGCAGAGAGCGCGGCCCAGGAGAUGCUUCCGCGGGUCCCCGGCGAGUGGUGGAGGGAGCGGCUCAGGGCUCCCCGUCCUAUUGGAGAAGUCGUGGCACAGGGCGGUGAAGUUGCCACGGACUGGAAAAGGGGAAACAUCCCCCUGCAGCUCAAUGGCAUCGUGACGUCCCCGCAAGCCGAGGCACAGCUGGCGUGUUCUUGUGGAGCACGAUGCGGAGCCGGAGAACGCCAUCCUCGAGCUGGCCGCUGGCGGAGCGAAGCCGAUGGGCUUUGGUUGCGGCCCCUUCCCGGAGGACACGCUCUGCACCCCGACGAAAUCAAGAUGAGUCCCCAGCCGGCGCGGGGGGGGGACGCUCGUGCUUCCAGGCACGGCAGGGCUCGGCCUGGCCACGCGCCGCACGUUCCCCGCUCGGCGGCAAUGGGGAAUAUCGAUGUCUCCGCCGCCCGCCCAGCUGCUUUUUUGGCGGGACAGGGGACGGGCCCUUGA